ACCUCUUACCACUGGUUUCUUUGUGGCAGGAAAACGGAUCCUUGGGGACCCGACUAACAGUGAUAGAACUCCCAUAUCACACGGUGGGGCGUGUCGUGAUUAAAGCAACAGCCCAGUCACGUGAAUGUAGCAACCCUGAAUAUUGAAGCUGGAGAGACUCUAGAAAAGGAGAGAAAAAAGGCCACUAUCGUGGGACAAGGAACAUAAUACUGGUACCAAACCCUCUCUCUGCCUGUCUCAUCUCUCUCUCUCUCUCUUUCGUCGUCGUCUCUUCUAUUAUACACACACGUGCGCGCACACACACACACACACACACCAAUUUUUCUCUCUCUUUGUUCACAACCUAUUUCACAUCGACGUGCCCACUUUCACAUUAUAUAAAAUUGGAAAGAGAGCGAAUUAGUCGAAGGGAGAGAAAGAUUUCUGUUUUUUUUUUGUUUUUUUUUUUCAAAUAGGAGUAGAAAGAGAGAGAGGGGGAGCGUAUGAAGAGGAGGAGGAGGAGGAGGAGAGAGAGUAAAAGCAAGGCAUAAUUAUUACUGAAGAAGAAGGGAGAGAAGAGAAAGAGGAGUAGGAGAAACAGAAAACAAAAACAAAAAAAAGAAGAAAAAAAGAAAGAAAGAAAGAAAGAAAGAAAGAAAUAGAAAGCAAACGAUGAAGCAGGUUGGCACCAGCUUCGAUUUAUGAUAACUUCUACUGAGAGCAUUAAAUAUUUCCAGAAAGCAAAAAACAUUUCCUGAGAGAAGCCCAAAGAUCUAGUAUGGCCGCUACUGUCCUCAGGGGUCGGAAUUCACUCGAAACGACUUCUAUCUACGUUUUACUGGCUUCCUGUAUUUGUCUGUCUCUAACACAGCCGACUGUUCGCCAAAUACGUUUUUCUGGCGAUGGCUGUUUCGGUCGAAUUAAGUGGCCGCAUCACCCGUUUCGUAGAUUUCACCGUGAGUGGAAGAAUCUGGUGGAAUCUGUACUGAUCGAAGUGAAACGACAGACAAACGAAAACAACGAACUACGCCAUGAAGUGGAACAGCUUCGGAACACGAGCGCUCAAUACAAGCAAUUGCUGAUGGAUCUGGCUUCAAAUGUGAACAUACUCGUAAAGACACUGGUCGGUAAAGAACAACAACAACAAUAUCAGAAACAGCAGAAACAGCCAUGUUCGUGUGAGUCCAUCGUUGACAACGCAGAGCUCGAAUCCAUGGCCAGCGUGACGCUGAACCCUGAUUUCGCAGUGGACGAAGACAAUAACAAAAAGAAACCUUCGUCCCGUUACGCCAACCGGAUUAUCGAGGAUAACACCAUUCUGUCUAAUUAUGGUUCGGGUGGUAAUGAUUUACGAAAAUCUAAAGUGGAAUCACCCAAGAGCCCAACCACAGACACCUAUAACGACGGACCCAUUACAAGGCAGUUUUUAAUCAAUGGAUCUUACCCGAAAGGUAUGUAUGAAUGCAUAUUUAUAUAUAUUAUUCUGAUUUGCUUGUUUGUGUUUCCGAUGUUUAUAAUACAUUUUUCACAGCAUGAUAUUACCGUGUGCAAUUGA